AUUUGUGAGUUCUAUCUCGGUGGAUCUAUCUCGUUCCUCUGCGUUUCUCGAAACUUUCUUUACUUAGAGUGGCGUAUGAACUAGCUUAGUUCGGUUCGUUGAGCCAUAUACAUACAACAAAUCUCGAAACUUUUAGAAAUUUACAAAUAAAAACAAAAAAUUUUUAAUACGAAACAAGAGCGGUCUCAAUCAUGGAAAACACAAGUGACGAAAUUUCGCAAGAUAUAAAGAAAGAAUCAAAGGCUUUUCCCUUGGCAGAUCAGGACACAACAUCGAAGGUAUUGAACUUGGUUCAACAGGCGCUUAGCCGGAAGGAACUGAAAAAGGGAGCAAAUGAAGCUACUAAAUCUCUAAAUCGUGGCCAAGCGGAGCUUAUAGUUUUGGCAGCGGAUGCUCAACCGUUAGAAAUUCUAUUGCACUUGCCGUUACUGUGUGAAGACAAAAAUGUUCCUUAUGUAUUUGUUAACAGUAAAACUACUUUGGGAAGAUCCUGCGGAGUUAAUAGACCAGUUGUAGCUUGUUCGGUAAUAAGCGGCGAAGGUUCGCCGUUAAAACAACAGAUAAGAGAAGUAACAAAAUUAAUAGAAAAGUUUUUAAUUUAAAUUAGGAUUUGUAAAUGUUGAUUUUAUAAAUUUUUCUCAAACAAGACAAAUUUUUUUUUAUAUAAACUAAAGACAUUAAAAUGCGAAUUUACUCUGUAUCAGGUUAAAAUGUAUCUAUACAUGUAAAAAUAAUGGAAAAAUAAAUACUAAUAAUUUGA